AUAUUCGUUACGGAAGGUGUAGUUUAGUGCAAUAGUGCAGCACAGUGCAGUUUAUGCGACAUUAUCUCGCGUUAUCUUUUCUGUGUGUUUAUAAACAGUAGAUUGUAUAAAGUACAAAACAAAGAACGAAUUUCUCUGGAGCGUAUUAACAAGAUGAAACAAAUAUUUUUUACAAUUUUUUUUUUGUCCGUCUUGGCAAAUCAAGGCGACAGUUUGUACUGUUACAGAUGUAACAGUAAUCAUCCUGGAUGUGGAACACCUUUAAAUUGGUUAUGGUAUUGGGGAGAAACUUGUCCAGAGUACGAUGACAAGUGCGUCAAAAUAAUCGAACGGAAAGGAGCGGAAACAAUUAUAACUCGUGAAUGCUUGAGCUCUGUACGUAGCUUUAGAACAGAUAUUCCUGCGGAUCAUUAUGAAGGUUGCAGACCUGCUGCUAAAGAUGUACGAUUAGGUCAUUACGUCAAUAACAGUAUUCAUCAAUUGGAUAUUCAUCGUGAUUAUUACGACGAAGUUACGUGGUGUUUCUGUUAUUUUGAUGACAGAUGUAAUAGUGCCAAAGUUACCACUGUUUCAAUACUGCUUUUAAUUUUACAAAUCGCUGUACAAUACUUCAUAUCUUGAAGUUGCUAGAAUACGUUUAAUACACAAAUUUUAGGAGAGAUGUGAAUCAAGUUAAAUGAGAAAAGAUAUUUAAGAUUUUUAUACUGGAAUUAUCAAAUAAAACAUGCAGAAACGUUAAUAAAUUUUUUAAAAUAAAGUCUUGAAAGUUCUACAUUUAUAAUUAAAUGGAAAAUUAUGUACUAAUGUUCAUAUUCAUAGUCAGACCUUUUUUUAUAUUCAAGGUCUUAAGUUUAUCUUUAGAUGCUUUAGGAAUCUUUUAAGGACUGAAAGGCAUUCAAAGAUAAAUUGAAGACCUUCAAAGUAAAUAAUGACUAUGAAUAUGGGUAUUAACAUGCAUAUUAACAUUUAUCUAAUUGGCCGAAUAAUCAAAUUUUAGGUACCGUUUUAUCGAUAUUCAAUUUGCUACAUGGAGUUGUUAUAUUUAUCAAAAUUUCUAUUGUUUCUAACAACUCUUAUAACAGUUAUCAUGAAAUUAAUAUGAAACAAAUGUAUUUUCGUGUAAUUAUGAAUUUUGUAUUCUGCUCUAUACAUAUUUAUACAUGUAAAUCUUAGGAUUAAAAUAUCUAUUUAGAUAUAUAUUUAA